AUGAACUGCAUAAAUUAAUAAGCUCCUUAUUUGAUCAAAUUAUUCAAUAGGACUUGAAAACUUCGGACUUGGAAAACAUAUCAUUUCAUCUUGUACUUUCAUGAGCGUCGCUUGUUAUGCCUCUCCUAGAAUUCAACCAUGCCGCCGAUCCCUAAACUCUUUCCUUGACUGCAACCGACGCUUGGACUAUCUUGCCAAGUCCGGUCGCAUGAGCGAUGCCCGACGCCUGUUCGAUGGAAUGCCCCAACGAGACGACGUCUCCUGGAACACCCUCAUUGCUGCCUACGCCCGCUCCGGCCUCUUUUCUGAUGCCCUUCAUCUCUUCCAUAGCUGCCCUCAGCUCCACUCCUCCUCAAUCCCCUGGUCCUCCCUCAUCUCCGGCUUCUCCCGCCAGGGCCGUGCUGCAGAUGCCCUACUCGUCUUCCGCCGCAUGCUCGCUGCUGGCCUUCGUCCCGAUUGCUAUUCUCUGGGCGCCUACCUUCGUGCUUGUUCCAUUCUCCCUUCCCACACCGCAGGCCAUCUCGCCCACGCACUGGCCAUCAAGUCCUCACUCGAUGCCGAUUCUUUCAUAGCCGCCGCCCUUGUGAACAUGUAUUCCAAAUGCGGUGAAUCUGCGUUUGCAGGCGCGAUCUUCACUUCCGUCCAACCAGAGCAUCGGGCCAAUAGGGUUCUCUGGACGGCCAUCAUCACAGCCCGCGUACAGGAUGGCGAUCACCUCAGUGCCAUGGACUGCUUCCGCCUAAUGCGAGCCGAGGAUAUGUAUCCGAACCAGUUCACUCUUCCGAGCGUCCUGUCCGCAUGCGCCUCUGAGCUCGCUAUAGGCUUCGGUAAGCAGGUUCACACCCUUGCCGUUCAUACAGGUCUCGACGCAAACCAAUUCAUCCAGAGUUCGCUGGUGAGCUUAUACGCCAAAUGUUCCGAUUUCUCCGACGCGAAGAUGGUUCUCCUGUCGGCGGAGCACGACGACCCGGUGUCAUGGAACAGCCUUAUAGUGAUAUGCUCCCAUGCCGCGCUCCACGAUGACGUACUCUCUCUUUUCGUGCAAAUGCGUCAAAGAUUUAUCGAACUGGAUGAAUUCACGCACCCCUCUGCGCUCAACUCUGUUGCUGCCGUCGAAGAUCUAUGCAACGGAUGCAGUCUGCAUUGCUUGGUCUUGAAGACCGGCUUAACCAGCCAUCAGCAUGUCAGCAACGCCCUCGUUGACAUGUAUGCAAAGUGCGGGCGGCCCGAGAUCGCCCUCAAGGUGUUCGACGAUUUGCAGCAUAAGGAUAUUGUUGGAUGGACUGCGCUAUAUAACGGCUACGCAAUGCACAUCUCCAACGAGUCAGCGCUUCAGCUAUACUUGUUAAUGCGAGCUGCCUGGGUUGAACCGGACGAGUUCAUCCUCUCGGGUGUACUCAGUUCUUGCGGCGAACUCACUCUACUCGAAUCGGGUCGGCAGGUUCAUGCCCUAGCAAUCCGGCUCAGCCUCGACUCAUUUCGAUCAGUUGGGAACUCCACUGUAACCAUGUAUGCAAAGAGCGGGUGUAUUGAUGAGGCGCGUCUGGCUUUCGACUCAAUGAGUCGGCGUGAUGCCAUAACUUGGACGGCUAUCAUUAUGGGUUACGCUCAGAAUGGCCGAUGUCAUGACUCUCUCCUACUCUUUGACUUGAUGGUGCGAGAAGGCGCCCGACCAGACUACGUGACCUUCAUCGGCCUCUUGUUCGCUUGCAGCCAUGCUGGUUUGGUGGAGAUAGGUCGGAUGCACUUUGAGUCAAUGGAGCGGGUCUAUGGAGUGACCCCCGGGCCAGAGCACUAUGCUUGCAUGGUGGACCUAUUGGGUCGGGCGAGUCGGGUUAGCGAGGCAGUAGAUAUACUAAGCCAGGCAGGUCAUGCUGCUGAUACGACUGUGUGGAAGACAUUGCUAGCUGCUAGUAGAGUGCAUUGCAAUGUUGAUGUGGCAGAGUGGGCGGCGAAGGAGCUGCUACGAUUGGAUCCAAGUGAUGCAACAACUUAUGUGAUGCUCGCAAAUGUGUACUCCCGGGCGGGUCGAUGGAUGGAUGUCGCCAUGAUGAGGGGCAUGAUGAGGGCAACCGGCGUAAGCAAGGAGCCCGGGUGUAGUUGGGUGGAGGCGGGCGGGCAAGUACAUGUGUUUCACGUGGAGGAUAGGGCGCACCCAUUGGCAGCUAAGAUAUUUGCCAAAGUGGGGGAGAUGUUGGAGCGAGCCCUGGCGGAGGGGUAUGUGGUGGACACGACGUGCGCGCUACAGGACGCGACAGAGGAGGAGAGAGAGCGGGGGUUGGCGCACCAUAGCGAGAAGCUUGCUGUGGCAUUUGGGUUGAUGGACAGUCCGAAAGGUAAGCCCAUACGAGUUUAUAAGAAUUUAAGGAUUUGUGGGGAUUGCCAUACAGCAAUUAAGUUGGUUGCUAAGGUGUACGAAAGAGUGAUUGUGUUGAGGGAUGCCAAUUGCUUUCAUCACUUCAGUGGGGGGAAUUGCUCAUGCUCUGAUUUCUGGUAGUUGUAUUUUCAAAAUUUUGUUUUUUGAAGGAAUGAGAAGAUGUUAUUGAAGGUCCUUUGUUGAUCGUGAGAUCAUACUGUCGAUUUUAUCGGCUUAAAUCCUAAGUUAGCAGAUCGUAUUCUUUGUGAGCAACUAAUAGAAGUUGCUGAGUAAAACAUGGAUGAAGUGUACGAACUUUUGGUACAGACUAGAAGUAUUUUAU